AUGCCGACCCUCUACGUAGGCACGUACACGCGCAAGGAGGGCCACGUGGACGGCCACGCCAAGGGCAUCAACGCCUACUCGUUCGACGACGCCUCGGGCGAGCUCAAGCUGCUCAAGGUGACGGAGGGCGCGGGCAUCAACCCGUCCUACGUCUUCGGCUCGGGAUCGACGCUCUACGCCGUGAACGAGAGCAACGAGCCGUCGCAGCUCCGCCCCGGCGAGGAGACGGGCUUCGUGACCGCCUACAAGAUGGGCAAGGACGGCGAGCUGACGCAGAUCAGCCGCCACGAGACCGGCGGCGCGUACACGUGCCACGUGGCGCUCAGCCCCAACGGAGACUUCGUGUCUGUCGCCAACUACGGCGGCGGCAGCCUCUCGCUCUACCCCGUGAACGCGGACGGCUCGCUGGCCCCGGCGUCGGACCACCACCGCUUCCAAGGCGCGAGUCUGGUCAACCCGGACCGCCAGGAAGCCUCGCACAUCCACAGCACGGCCUGGACGCCCACGGGCCUCGUGGCGGCCGACCUCGGCACGGACCGCGUGGUGCAGUACAAGCUGGACGCCGCCAACAAGAAGCUCGUGGACGAGGAGUUCAUCACGAGCGCGCCUGGCUCGGGCCCGCGCCACUUCGCGCUGUCCCCCGAGCUCGGCGUCGGCUACGUCAUCAAUGAGCUGGACAACACGGUGAGCGUGCACGCGCUAGACGCCAAGACCGGUAAGCUGGGCUCGGAGUCGCUGCAGAUCAUCUCGACUAUACCCAAGGACUACUCGGGCCCGACCGCGCUGGCGUCCGACAUCCACAUCUCGACGAACGGCAAGUUCGUGUACGCGGCCACGCGCUUCUGCCACAGCAUCGCCAUCUACAAGAUCCUGCCGGACACGCGCCUGGAGCUCGUGGAGAUCCCCCCCACGCGCGGCGAGACGCCCCGCGACAUCCUCGUGUACAAGGACUUCGUGCUGGCGGUCAACCAGGACACCAGCAGCCUCGACGUGUUCCGCGCGGACGGCGAGACCGGCAAGCUCACGUACACCGGCCACUCCAUCGACUGCCCGUCGCCGUCCUCCAUGUUCAUUGCUCAGUAA